CCGGCUGUCCCCGCUCGGCUCGGCGCGGCGCGGCCCGGCACCAUGCUGGCGCUCUUCAACAAGCUGCUGGACUGGUUCCGGGCGCUGUUCUGGAAGGAGGAGAUGGAGCUGACCCUGGUGGGGCUGCAGUACUCGGGCAAGACCACCUUCGUCAACGUCAUCGCGUCAGGCCAGUUCAACGAGGACAUGAUCCCGACGGUGGGCUUCAACAUGAGGAAGAUCACCAAGGGGAACGUGACCAUAAAGCUCUGGGACAUCGGAGGCCAGCCGAGGUUCCGCAGCAUGUGGGAGCGGUACUGCCGCGGCGUCAGCGCCAUCGUGUACAUGGUGGAUGCAGCAGACCAGGAGAAGAUAGAGGCCUCCAAGAAUGAGCUGCACAACCUGCUGGACAAGCCACAGCUGCAGGGCAUCCCAGUCCUAGUCCUGGGAAACAAGCGAGACCUGCCUGGCUCCCUGGACGAGAAGGAGCUCAUCGAGAAGAUGAACCUCUCUGCCAUCCAGGACAGAGAGAUCUGCUGCUACUCCAUCUCCUGCAAAGAGAAGGACAACAUUGACAUCACCCUACAGUGGCUUAUCCAGCACUCGAAGUCCAGGAGAAGCUGAGGCCCUGCAGCCCACGGCGCAGCCUGGGAAGAUGCCAUGGUCCAAGCCCCUGCCCCGCCCU